AUGGAUAAAAAACUUCAAUAUGAAAUGCAAAAAGCUGAAAAUGAGCAAAAUGAUAUGUUACCAUUUAUGGAUGAUGAAGGUGAAUUGGCUAAAAAAUGUUUAAGCAACAUAGAUUCUUGGAUGAAGGAGGAAGAUGUAGAAUUUUUUAACAAAUGCUUAAAAAAAUUAGGGUUGUGUGAAAGAAAAGGAUUAGAUGGAUAAAUAAUGCUUUAUCCAGUAAAAUCAAAAGAACGCAAAUUAGAAAAAGAAGAGUUCUAAGAAAUGAUGAGUAGAUUAUAUACUGUAAAAACUCACCAUAAUUAAUUUUCUCAUCUUAAUAAAGCUGCUAUUGAAGAAAUCGAAAAACAAAAAUAGUCUUCAAAAAAGAUGAAUUCAGUAUAUAAGUAAUAUAGUAAAAGUGUACAAAAUUCAAAAAUGAGUAGAGCAAAAGAAGGUAAUAAUAAUAUAAGAUAAAAAUAGUCAAAACUAGAUAACCAAUCUGCUCUUUAUUGA